CUUCCUCCCGUGAGAGUUUUUUGAUCUUCAGCUACAUUUCAGCUUUGUGAGAAACUUUAUCAACAAAGAAGAUGGCCAGCAACGUUACCAACAAGACAGAUCCCCGAUCCAUGAAUUCCCGUGUAUUCAUUGGGAAUCUCAAUACUCUUGUGGUCAAGAAGUCUGAUGUGGAGGCAAUCUUUUCAAAGUAUGGCAAAAUUGUGGGUUGCUCUGUGCAUAAGGGCUUUGCCUUUGUCCAACAUGUUAACGAAAGGAAUGCCCGGGCCGCUGUAGCUGGAGAGGAUGGCAGAAUGAUUGCUGGCCAGGUUUUAGAUAUUAAUCUGGCUGCAGAGCCAAAAGUGAACCGAGGGAAAGCAGGUGUGAAACGAUCUGCAGCGGAGAUGUACGGGUCCUCAUUUGAUUUGGACUAUGACUUUCAACGGGAUUAUUAUGACAGGAUGUACAGUUACCCAGCACGUGUUCCUCCUCCUCCUCCUAUUGCUCGAGCGGUGGUGCCUUCUAAACGCCAACGUGUUUCUGGAAACACCUCUCGGAGGGGCAAAAGUGGAUUCAAUUCGAAGAGUGGACAACGGGGCUCUUCUUCCAAAUCCGGAAAAUUGAAAGGUGAUGACCUUCAGGCCAUUAAGAAGGAGCUGACUCAGAUAAAACAAAAAGUGGAUUCUCUGCUGGAAAGCCUGGAAAAAAUUGAAAAAGAACAAAGCAAACAAGCAGUAGAGAUGAAGAAUGAGAAGUCGGAGGAGGAGCAGAGCAGUGCCUCUGUGAAGAAAGACGAGACGAACGUCAAGAUGGAGUCUGAGGCUGGCGCAGAUGACUCUGCUGAGGAGGGCGACCUGCUGGAUGAUGAUGACAAUGAGGAUCGAGGGGAUGAUCAGCUGGAACUGAUCAAGGACGAUGAAAAAGAAGCUGAGGAAGGAGAGGAUGACAGAGACAGCGCCAAUGGGGAGGAUGACUCCUAAGCACAUAGCGGAGUUUAGAGAUCUUAUCCUGUUAUUAUUCAUUUACCUAGGCGCUUGUGAGAGAUGGAAGUAACACCAGAUCCUCUCCCCUAGUGUCUUCAGCACAGUCUCACUGUUCACCCUCUCCCUUUCCUGUGUUCAUUGAUUCAUAAUUGCCUUGCGCCUAGUUCCAUUCUCACUUCCUUUGAUGCUCCUUAGUAGUUUUGUUAAGUCUUACCCUGUAAGUUUUGCUUUUAAUUUUGAUACCUCUUUGACUUAACAAUAAAAAGAUGUAUGGUUUUUAUCAACUGUCUGCAAAAUAAUCUCUUGUUAUGCAGGGAGUACAGUUCUUCCCAUUCAUAUAAUUUCAGUAGUUGCUUCCCUAACUGCAGAGGCAUCUCAUUUACUUGUGAUCCCUGAGAGCAGCUUUGCAUUAGAGGUGUGUGUUUCCCUCACUUGAGUGGGGCUGUUCAACACGAAUGUAACCAUGUAUUUUUGUGAAUGAGAGUUGGCAUGUUGAAUGCAUCUUACAGGAAAAUAGUGUAAUAGUCUUAAUAUUUGUUUUCUAAAGUUAAUACCAUGGGUUAUUUUUGUGAACAGCCUGAUGUUUGGGAUCUUUUUCUCAAAAUAAACAAUUCCUUAUUAAA